AUGGAGACCAACACCACCACGCUCGCCGAAUACCUCUUCAAUCGCCUGCACCAGCUCGGCGUCGACUCCAUUUUCGGCCUCCCCGGUGAUUAUAACCUGCAGCUGCUGGACUAUGUCGCGCCGUCGCGUCUGCGCUGGGUGGGCACCGGCAACGAACUGAAUGCGGGGUACGCGGCCGAUGGAUACUCCAGGAUCAAGGGUAUCGGAGCCCUCGUCACUACCUUCGGAGUCGGUGAAUUGUCCGCUGUGAACGCGAUCGCUGGUGCCUACGCCGAACGCGCCCCCGUCGUGCACAUUGUCGGCACCCCUGUCCGCCAGUCGCAGGAGUCGCGCGCCCUCAUCCACCACACCUUCAACGAUGGCGAAUACCAGCGCUUCGAUCGCAUGCAAGAGCAUAUCACUGUCGCCCAGGCCCUCUUGACAGACCAUCGCUCCGCUCCCGCCGAAAUCGAUCGAGUGCUGCAGCAAUGCCUCCUCCACAGCCGGCCUGUCCGCAUCGCCAUUCCCCUGGACAUGGUCUCUCUGCGGGUCCCGAAGCUGGCUCUUGAAUCGAAACUCUCCCUUCCUCUCCCCUCCCGCCAGCCAAAGAUCGAAGAAAAGGCGUUGAACACGAUCCUCGACCGCAUCUACAGCGCGAAGAAACCCGUAAUACUGGUGGAUGGAGAGAUUCGGUAUGCUAGAAUUGUGGACGAGGUCGACCACAUUGUCAGAGCGACGGAGUGGCCGACUUUCACGUCAGGAUUCGGGAAAAGCCUGAUCGAUGAGGAUAUACCAAACGUCUACGGUGUUUUCACACCUCAGCACAGGGAGCUUUUCGAGUCAAGCGACCUUGUCUUGUGCUUCGGCCCGCACUUUAGCAACACAAACAGCUUCCUCUAUCAGACUGUCCCUAGGGAAGACAUCACCAUCUCAAUCCACGCUACAUCUGUGCAGAUCGGUAGUGAGAUCAUCCGCGAUCUGCCGGCCAACUGCUUCCUCCCCCAGCUGAUCGGCCACCUGGAAAUGGACAAAGUUGCCAAGCACAACCCCAAGCUGGUGCAUCCUAAAUCUGUCGCACCACCAGAAGUGUCAAGCGGGGAUCUUGUCUCACAGGUCGGUGGCUUCUGGCACAGAAUCUCAUCCUUCUUCCGCGAGGGCGACAUCGUCUGCGCGGAAACCGGCACGGCAGCAUACGGCUCCAACGACUUCCGCCUUCCACCAAAGACCCGCUUAUUUAAGGCCGUCACUUGGCUUUCGAUCGGAUACAUGCUGCCGGCCACGCUAGGUGCAAGCCAAGCGCAACAUGACCUCAUCGCUCGCUCCGAGUAUCAUGACCUUCGCGACGCCCGCUCGAUUCUCUUUAUCGGUGAUGGAAGCUUCCAGCUCACAGCUCAGGAACUGGCGACGAUUAUCCACCGAAAGCUCAAUGUCAUCAUCUUCCUCAUCAACAACGAUGGAUAUACAAUCGAGCGAUGCAUUCACGGACGCGAGGCGAAGUAUAACGACAUUACGCCCUGGAGGUAUCUCAAGGGGCCCGAGUUCUUCGGCGCUCCCACAGAGGGCGAGUACGCUGCUCACACCUGGCAAGUCCGGACGUGGGGUGAUCUCGAACAGGCUCUGACAGAUGAGCGGAUGCUCAACGGUAAGGGAGUCCGGAUGGUAGAGGUAUUCAUGGAGAGACUGGAUUGUCCUCCUCCGCUAGACAAGGUUCUGGCAGCUCAAAUCGCGAGGGAGAAGAGAGAGCAGUAG